UCUUCGUUGAAUCUUAUCAAACAUGGCAAAUCUUCCUCGUCCAACGCUGCACCACAGGCUCCCACUCUUUGGUGCUCUUUCUUCUGCUUCAGUCUCUACUUUUUCGUGUUCUACUUCUGUUUCGAGUCUUUCCAAAGCGCUGAACAAGUGUGGCAUUGGAAUUAGAGCGCCUCGCCGUCUGGUGUUGGGUCUGGGAGCCGCAUGUUGGACUCAGUUUUUUAGUAUGGCGAGUAAUGUUGCCUCCAAAUCUUUCAUUGCUUCUGCAAGGCAAAAGGGUGCUGUUGAAGAGAUAUUGAAGAAUGUUGAGUGGCCAGAGCAAUUCCCUUUCAAGGAGGAGGAUUUUCAGCGCUUUGAUGAGACACCUGAUUCAAUUUUCUAUGAAGCUCCUCGAUUUGUGACACACAUUGAUGAUCCAGCCAUUGCUGCAUUGACUAAAUACUAUUCAGAGGUUUUACCUCCUAGCAAUACUCCAGGAACAAGCAUUCUAGAUAUGUGUAGUAGUUGGGUGAGCCAUUAUCCACCAGGGUACAAACAAGAUCGUAUAGUUGGAAUGGGCAUGAAUGAAGAAGAGCUCAAACGGAAUCCAGUUUUGACUGAGUAUGCUGUUCAAGACAUAAAUUCAAAUCCUAAACUUCCGUUUGAAGAUGAUUCCUUUGACAUCAUUACUAAUGUGGUCAGUGUUGAUUAUCUGACAAAGCCAAUUGAAGUUUUCAAAGAAAUGGGCCGGAUUCUUAAGCCUGGUGGAUUGGCUAUAAUGAGCUUUUCCAAUCGUUGCUUUUGGACAAAAGCUAUCUCAAUAUGGACGUCAACAGGCGAUGCUGACCACGUCAUGAUUGUUGGGUCCUAUUUCCAUUAUGCUGGAGGAUUUGAACCUCCUCAGGCUGUGGACAUUUCUCCCAAUCCAGGACGCACGGACCCCAUGUAUAUUGUUUACUCUAGAAAGGCAUCUACGGCUUAAUUCAACAAAUUUCAGGACUGGCAUUCUCAUUUCUCUGUUGGCCAGGUCCUAAUGUGAUCAACUGGAAAGCCAAAGGUCCCAAAGGGUUUGUGGAAGAAACAGAUGGAUUGAGGUACACGAGAUUUUUGUUUUUCAUAACCACUAAUCGGGCUUGGUGAUCAAAUACACACUUACCUCACUUUUGUACAUUGUAAUUAGUGUACUGUGCUAUUUCACCAUUGUAUGCAACUUUGCAAAAGUGUAUCCAUGGGAGACUAAAACAGCAUACCAUAUUUACUUUUGCGGGUUUCUGUAAGGGGAAGAGCAGAAUCUAUGAAUUCUUUAUUAGUUAC